GGACCAAGUGCAUCACUUGGGAUUCGUCCCCCUCUUGAUGAAUCUUGGCGUGAAUUCUGCGAGAUGACCACAAUCGAUUUUGCCACUUACGCAACUUUAAUUCAAGAAGCCAUUGAUCAGGGAAAAUUCAAUAAGCUAGCUCGACUACUCACUGCAGCUUUUCGCACCUUCAUAGACAAGAAAGCUGAUCAAGGGAAAUUUUUUAUUGAAUACCAACUUCUCACGAUGGCUGCAGUAACUUUGAAAGAAUACAGUGAGAAAAUUCAGCACGUUGCUCUACAAAAGUGUUUAUUAAAUUUGAUGUGUCGCAUGAAGCCAAUGAGCGCUGAACGGCAGGCUCUGAUCUCGGCUAUGGCUGUGACUUUAGCUAGUGGCCAAGCAACCUGGGAUCCUUACUAUGUCACUGCUUUUCUCCAUGAUUCACUUGGGGAUCGAAAUUGGGUAAAUAAG